CAGUACUCUUGAGAAUUGCUCUCAGCUCAGACUCGUGUCACUUCAAGUCUUCGACGCACAAUCAAAUACCUUGAGCUAGCUAAGCGCUUACUGUGCAUAUCUCUGCGAUGAGCGCUUGAGCUUGAGCGCUCGGCGCUGGCCGUACGCCAUGCCACACACAGCACGCACACCUGAUCUUUGCUCGGAUCGUUACCGUCAGACAAACUAACGACGCCAAUUGUUUCACGACUUAUCAAAUAUCCUUCCCCUCUUCCCUCAAAGUUUCAAGUUGCAGCUUAGGCUUUUUCGAUCAGCGUUUUCUGCUAGUGUUUCUAUUCCAAAACUCACUAGUCGUGUCUUAUCAUCAACCUUCCAUGAUGAGUUACCAGGAUCAAUUUCGUGGCGAUCUUCAAUCAAUCGAAGGAACUUGGGAGAAGCUUUCCCAGGUUGCUGUCAAGGGUGCUGAAUACGACUCCCGUGAACGUCAACCCCAUCCAAAAUGUCUGAAAGGAACCCGGGUGGACCUCCUCGACUUCAUCUAUGGGUUAUUAGACAAGAAAGAGAAAAAUCGUAUCAUCUGGCUGCACGGCACGGCAGGCGUCGGAAAGUCUGCUGUUGCGUUCACUGUAGCUGAAAAGAUGAAAGGUCUGAAAAUGACAAAGGAGACGAAAGUAGAAAAACGACUUGGGGGGACAUUCUUUUUCUCGCGCAAGCACACGAAACGCCGCACUACUGGAUAUCUCUUUGCGACGCUUGCCUACCAGCUUGCUACCAACUUUCCCAGCAUCCGGGGGGAUUUGAACAAAGCUAUCAUUGAGAAUCCCGCCCUUCUAGACCCUGACAAGUCUCUUCGGGAUCAGAUGGAGGCGUUGUUUCUCCGACCUCUCCGGAAGCUUUUUCUCAGACUUCGCGAGUGUCCGCCUUUGGUGUUUGUUGUUGAUGCCCUUGACGAAUGCACACCCGAAUCACUCGAAUCUGAAUCCCUCGAUGAACCCACCUCCGAAAGCGAGCUCGCUGACCUUGUCUACAUGCUUGGCGAAGCUCUUUGUGAACCCGAUCUGCCCAUCGUCCACAUUUUGCUCACAAGUCGCUCGGAAGAGCAUAUCCGCAAAGCUAUGCAGACUGAAGAGAUGCACCCGCUGGUGUACGAGAUACCAGUGAAGAUUUCUGGGAAGGGCGUUGCUGCCACCAUCUCGUUAGACGGCGCAGAUGUUGACAAUGACAUAUACGUUUUCUUGCAGCACUCAUUCAGAGAGCUGGAGAGUCGCCAUCCAGAUUUCCCACAGCCAUCGGGCGAUCAACUUGCACGGCUAGCGAGCCGAGCAGGAAGACGUUUCAUUGUUGCAUCUACGAUGAUGAAGUUCAUUGACGAUCGAAAACAUGAUCCCCGUGAUCGACUCCAGCUCAUGCUCGAGCUAACAAGCAAAAUGCUACCAGGAACGGAAGUGUACAAGCUCUACGACCGCAUCCUCUCCACGUGUGCCGACCCGACGCUAGCAUAUCUGCACUUGUCCGUCGUUGCUGCCCUUGCAGACCCACUUCCGAUGUCGCAGAUAUCAAAACUUCUUGGCCCUGGCCAGGGGCAGGGACGUCGAGACAGUGCUUACGCAGCUACGAUCUAUCAUAGAUGUUCCCACCGACAGCAGUCUCCCCGUGAAUAUCUAUCAUUCGUCCGUUCGUGA